AUGCCGUCUCCAGCACGGGAGGCAUUCCAGGUUGGUUGGAUCUGUGCCUUGCCGGUUGAGGUCGCCGCAGCCAAGGAGAUGCUGGAUGUGAAUUUCGGCGUGCUCGAGGAGCAAGACAGCACAGACACGAAUUCAUACACCUUGGGACAGAUUGGCAAACACAACGUCGUAAUUGCUGGGCUUCCGCAGUACGGCACCACUUCAGCCACGACGGUGGCAAUCAACAUGACGAGAACCUUUUCCCGGUCGUUACGGAUCGGGCUGAUGGUUGGCAUUGGAGCAGGGAUUCCAUCUGCCAACCAUGAUAUACGGCUGGGCGACAUCGUGGUCAGCUACCCGGAAGGCACAUGCGGUGGGGUUCUUCAAUAUGAUAUCGGAAAGGUUGUGGAAGAUGGCACGCUCCAGCGAACCGGGUCAUUGAAUAGCCCUCCCCGAUCACUGCUGACCGCAGUUGUGAACAUGAGAGCAGCUGCGUUAACCGAUGAUCCGAGCCAUCCAGAAUACAUCGAAAAGGCGAUCCGAAGAAAUGCACGGACACGGAAAACUUUUGGUCGACCGGAUGCGUCCACAGACCGACUGUUCCAUGUUGAGCACGAGCAUCCCGCGACGGCCGCAACGUGCGCGGCUUGUCCGUCGGAAUGGGAAGAAAUGAGAAAUGCACGCGAAGAACCAGAUCCUCAGAUACACUACGGCAUCAUUGCCUCGGGAAAUAAGGUUAUGAAACACGGAGCGACGAGGGAACGGCUUCGCCAGGAGAUUGGAGUAUUGUGUUUCGAAAUGGAGGCGGCUGGUCUGAUGAUGGAUUUUCCUUGCAUAGCCAUCCGGGGGGUCUGUGAUUAUGCCGACUCACACAAGAACGAGCAGUGGCACGGAUACGCGGCAUUGGCCGCGGCAUCGUAUGCGAAAGAGUUGCUCGGCUAUGUGCCUGUCGCCCACGUAUCUCAAGAGAAGCUGGUCACAGAUGUCUGCAAAAUAUUGAUUCUUCUUCCUGUAGGCGAAAUUGUCGACGAAGUCAAGGAGGUCAACAAGGGCAUGCAAAGAGCGUUUCACCAGCGAGAAGACCAUCACCGUGAAAAGAUGGUAAGGGCACUAACCAAAGAGCAACAAGAGUGUCACCAAGCGUUCAAAACCUCUCCCUACGAGCAGUAUAAGAACAUCAAUCCAGGCCGCGCAGACGGGACGUGUCGAUGGAUUCUUGAGAACUCCCAAUACCUCGAUUGGUGGAGCAGUAGCCAUAAUGAUCUUUUGUGGAUAUCGGCCGAUCCGGGAUGCGGAAAAUCGGUUCUCGCAAAAUCCCUUAUUGACGUUGAUCUGAACACAUCUAGCUCGGUUUCCGUUUGCUACUUCUUCUUCAAAGACAAUGAGGAACAAAACAAUCUUGCCACAGCACUGUGUGCUGUGCUCCAUCAACUAUUUGGAAUGCAGCCGUAUCUCCUACGACAUGCCUUGCCAUCUUGGCAAAGGAACGGCACGAAGAUUCAACAAGAGGUGGACGAACUUUGGCGCAUCCUCGUGGCAGCAAUGUCGGAUUCCGCAUUCCUUAACACCGUCUGCAUUUUCGACGCGCUGGAUGAAUGUCGACCAAGUGACCGAGCCCAAUUAAUAGAGAAGCUAGAAAGGUUCUAUACUCAAACCAAUUCAUCAACCCGACAAAGCUGGCUGAAGUUCCUCGUGACUAGCCGUCCAUAUGACGAGAUCCAGGAGGGCUUCCGUCCAGCUACGCAAUUGUUUCCUCAUAUCCACGUCCGUGGGGAGGAGGAGAAUGAACGGAUUCAUGAAGAAAUCAGCCUUGUUGUGAAGAUGCGGGUAGCCGAGCUCGGCGAGAGUCUGCACCUGACACCAGAGACUCAGCAACGGCUGGAACAGCAACUUCUCAGGAUGGAGCAUCGCACCUACCUCUGGUUAUAUUUGGCUAUAGAUGAUAUCCGCACCAUGUUUCGGAAUAGCCUUCAACCCGAGGAAGAAUCCAUUCAAUUGGUUCCUGGCUCGGUCACGGCCGCAUAUGAGAAAAUCUUAAACCGAGUACCAUCCGACAAAUUCUCAGAUGUAAAAAUGAUCCUGAAGAUCAUUGUUGGUGCGCGGCGUCCGUUAACGAUCAAGGAAAUGGCGAUGGCUUUAGGGGUAGCUAAGUCACCGAGCUCGCGAACCGCGGCCAAAGCUAUGCUGAACCCGAAAGGAUUGGAUAAGAAGAUCCGUCAGCUAUGUGGGCUAUUCGUUUUUGUCAACAACACAAGGGUUUACUUGAUCCACCAGACAGCGAGAGAAUUUCUGAUCAACAGCGCCAUGCGAAAUGACAGCCGCGAGUGGGUGUUCCAACAGGUUGACACUGAGGAAUUAAUGUCAGAGAUCUGCAUCAAUUAUUUGUUACUGGAUGACAUGGAUGGCAAUCCACUACAAAACGGUGUGAACAGUGCAGCUUUCCUGGAGUAUUCCGCGGAGUAUUGGCCCGAUCAUGUCCGAGGAAUGCCUCCACUAGCAGGGUCAAAGGUAGAGGCUGGGCUGAAUCAACUUUACGAUGUCACCAGCGCACGAUUUGCGCUCUGGUAUCCCCUAUUCUGGACAGCAGUGAUGUCAUACAGUGGCAGGCCUAAGAUGAAUGCCAUCCGUCUCGCUGCUUUCAACGGGCAUAAGAAUGUAUUCCGAAGACUGAUCAUAAGGAAUGAAAGCACGAUCCAUCAACCAGAUGAGAACGGGACGAGAGCGUUGCAUUGGGCUUCUGAAAGGGGUCACCUCGAGAUUGUGCAGAUCCUCUUAGACAGGGGAGCCGACGUCAACGCUCAAGGUGGAAAUCAUGGCAAUGCUCUACAGGCAGCUUCUAAAAAAGGUCACCUUGAGAUUGUACAACUCCUAUUAGAGAACGAAGCCAACGUCAACGCUCAGAGUGAAGAAUUUGGCAUGACUGAACAGAACGGUGGUUUACAGUCAGCUGGCAAUGCUCUACAGGCAGCUUCUGAAGAAGGUCACCUUGAGAUUGUGCUGGUCUUGUUAGACAACGGAGCCGAAGUCAACGCUCAGGGUGGAGAAUAUGGCAAUGCUCUACAGGCCGCUUCUCAAGGGGGACACCUCGGGACUGUGCGGCUCCUAUUAGACAAGGGAGCCGACGUCAACGCUGAGGGUGGAGAACAUGGCAAUGCUCUACAAGCAUCUUCUCACGCGGGACACCUUGAGAUUGUGCAGCUCCUGUUAGACAAGGGAGCUUGCAUCAACACUCAGGGUGGAGACUAUGGCAAUGCUCUACAGGUCGCUUCUCAAGGAGGACACCUCGAGAUUGUACAGCUCCUGUUAGACAACGGAGCUGAAGUCAACGCUCAGGAUGAAGAAUGUCGCAGUUCUCUACAGGCAGCUUCUGAAGGAGGACACCUCGAGAUUGUGAAGCUCCUGUUAGACAAUGGAGCCGACAUCAACGCUCAGGGCCGACGUUAUAGCACAGCUAUUUAUGCUGCUUCUGAAGGAGGACACGUCGAGGUUGUGCAGCUCUUAUUAGACAACAAAGCCGACGUCAACGCUCAACAUGGAUAUUAUGGCAGUGCUCUACAGGCAGCCUCUAAAGAAGGACACCUCGAGAUUGUGCAGCUCCUAUUAGACAAUGGAGCCGACGUCAACGCUCGGGAUGGAGAAUACCGCAGUUCUCUACUCGCAGCUUCUGAAAAAGGACACCUCGAGAUCGUGCAGCUCCUGUUAGACAAUGGAGCUGACGUCAACGCUCAGGCUGUAAGUUAUUGCAAUUCUGAAGAAGGACUCCUCAAGAUCGCGCGGCUUCUGGCAGACAAAGAUGGAGAAUACCGCAGUUCUCUACUCGCAGCUUCUGAUCAGGGACACCUCGAGAUCGUGCAGCUCUUGUUAGACAAUGGAGCCGAUGUCAACACUCAGGAUGUAAGUUAUGGCAGUUCUUUACAGGCCGCUUCUGAAGAAGGACAUUUCAAGAUUGUGCAGCUUCUGUUAGACAAAGGAGCCGGCGUCAACGUUCAGGGUGGAGAAUAUGGCAGUGCUCUACAGGCCGCUUCUUGCGGGGGACACGCCGAGAUCGUGCAGCUUCUGUUAGGUAACGGAGCCGAGGUCAAUGCUCACUAUGGCAGUUCUUUAGUCAAAGCUUCUUAUCAAGGGCACCUCGAGAUUGUGCAGCUCCUGUUAGACAAAGGAGCCGACGUCAACGUUCAGGGUAGAGCAUAUGGCAGUGCCCUACGGGCCGCUUCUGAAGGCGAACACCUCGAGAUUGUGCAGCUUCUGUUAGACAGAGGAGCCGACGUCAACGUUCAAGGUGGAGAUCAUGGUAAUGCUCUACAGGCCACUUCUCAAAGGGGACACCUCGAUAUUGUGGAGGUCCUACUAGACAAUGGAGCCGACGUCAACGCUCAGGAUGUAAGUUGUGGCAGUUCUUCACGCGCCGCUUCUAUAGAAAAACACAUCGAGAUUGCGCAGCUUCUGUUAGACAACGGAGCCGACAUCAACGCUCAGGAUGGAGAAUAUGGCAAUGCUCUACAGGCCGCUUCUCAAAGGGGACACUUCGAUAUUGUGCAGCUCCUGUUAGACAUGGGGGCCGACGUCAACGCCCGUGUUGAAUAUGGCGAUGCUCUACAGGCAGCUUCUGAUGGAGGACACCUCGAGAUUGUACAGCUCCUGUUAGACAACGGAGCUGAAGUCAACGCUCGGGGUGGAGUUUAUGGCGAUGCUCUACAGGCAGCUUCUGAAGGAGGACACCUCGAGAUUGUGCAGCUCCUAUUAGACAACGGAGCCAACAUUGAGGCCGCUGAUGACGACGGUGCGACACCGCUAUGGGGGGCUGCUUGGAAAGGCCACAAAAAUGUCGUUCAGCUACUCCUUGAUAAGGGUGCUAAUAUUGAAGCCGCUGAUAAUGACGGCGAAACACCACUAUGUAGGGCUGCUUGGAAUGACCACGAAGCUGUCGUCCAGCUGCUCCUGGAUAAGGGCGCCAAUGUUGAGGCCGCUGAUAAUGACGGUGCGACACCGCUAUGGGGGGCUGCUUGGAAGGGCCACAAAAAUGUCGUCCACCUAUUGCUUGAAAAAGGUGUUGAUGUUGAAACCAGCGAUAAAUGUGGUAGCACUGCACUGCAGGUUGCUGUUUAUAGAUGUCAUGAGGCAGUCGAAAGAAUACUAAUCUCGGCGGGGGCUUCUGAUGUGGACUGUUUUGGUAUGCAGGCAUUGUUUUCAUGA